GUCGCUAGUAGACAAUCGUAAACAAAAUAAUUGCACCUCUUAUUGCUAGGUCGUGGAUGAAAUAUCAAGGUAAAAGAUGCCGGGCGUCGGACGUCGUAGAGGGGCACCCCUUGGAAUUUUACUUUUACUCUUCGAGGUAUUUGGAAUAGUCGGUAUCAAUCGAGUACCACCAAUAACUCUUUGUGUUACUGUUUUUAUGUCUACUGUAUAUCUUCGCUUAUUUAAGCUACCUUGGACUUCACCGUAUGAUGUGUGUAUCAGUGUUCGCCAUGUGUGGUUCAGAAAAGAGUGGUGGCGGAUAUUUUAUGGAACAGUGGAACAUACUGAUGACAUGCACCUGUAUUUUAAUAUGAUUUCCUUUAUCUGGAAAGGCAUUAACCUUGAGAAAAGACUUGGAAGUUUGAAAUUUUUGUAUGUGAUAAUCGUAUUUACAACACUGACUGGUGGAUGUUUGGUCGCACUAUCUGGUGUAGCAUCUGAACUUUUGGAUGCACAUUUUCUUGAUCAGUGUGCUGUAGGAUUUUCUGGAGUUAUUUUCGCUUUAAAGGUAGUAACAACUUAUUACUGGCCAAGUACCCAAAAUACGUUUCUUGGAAUGCACCUACCUUUGUCUCCACAGUAUUUUGUUUGGGCUGAACUCUUGCUUAUUCAGUUAUUUGUACCAGAAGCAUCAUUUCUUGGUCACUUGGCUGGCAUACUUGUUGGGCUCUCGUAUGUCAAAGGGCCAUUGAAAACCAUGAUGGAUGCUUUUUCAUCUAUAUUUGCAGGUUUUCCAACAUUUAGGUCCAGACCCGAUAGGAGCCAAACAAGGGAGUACACUCGUCCGGGAGCUUAUUCACAACGUUAUGAACAAUUUAUUCCACCUGGUAUGAGUGAAGAGGAACAAAUGGAUGAAGCAGUAAGAGCGAGUCUGUUUGAUCAUAACAUUCCCAGUAACAGAAAUUCACAGAGCCAACCAUCCCAUGAUGCAUAUCAGGAAACCAGUGAUUCAUCUUUUUCUACCCCUUCAUCAGGCUUGUAUCCAAAUUUGGAGAGGUUACGACGUAGGCGAUUGCUCAGAUUUAGUUAGAAAUAUAAGAAUAGAAACAUGGUACUUCUUUCUCAUUUCAUUUUUUAUGAAAGUUUUGAACAGAAUAUUUUUACAAAUUAACAAACUGACAGGGAGCUUGUGGAAUGAAAGUUCAAACUCUAAAAAUAAAUAAAUUUGUAAAAACUGUAAAUAUCAAACUAUGAACAAAUUCUUACUUGGUUAUUACUCAGAUACUUUUUUGGUGUUGUUAUAUUUUUCUGCUUUGCGGACUGGAAUCUUAAGUUUUAUUUUAAUUAUAGACCUCAAUCUGCAUGAAAUAAUAUUCGACUAAUAUUUUAUAUGCUGUUAUAAAUUUUUUAAUGGAUUAUGAAAUAAAUUCAAGGAAUAACACUGCUCAUGUGAAGUUGUUCUUAUGAUUUGGAAUAUUCAGUAAUUGAUAAAUUACAUAUACCAGAAAAAUGUGUCUAACAAACAUGAGAAAACUAGUGUUCAACAGUCAGUAACUAAACUCAUUAACUAACAACCACUUUAACAUCCAAGCCAUAAUACUGUGUGUCCCACAACAUUAAUCUUAAUUUUUUCUUUCCAAAGAACCUUAACAUUAGAUUGCAUUAUUUAGCCCUUUUGAAACAAACAUGCAUGAUGAUUUCUUUGGUAGAAUAUGCAGGAGACUUAAUUUUAUUCUAGCCUACUUCUGAAUGACUACUAUUAUAGGUUUAAUGCUGUGUACCUAUCUACGAGUUUUUGCUGCAUGGUUACCACUAUACUCUAAAUAUGUAUGUUACUUAUUCACUUUAUUACAGGGCAGGAAUAGUUUUUUUGGGGGAUUCUAUACACUAACUGUUAUGUACUUUGAGAUUCCACUUCUCCCACCCCAACUGUAAUGUUUACCAUCUCUACUGUUUUUCUUGCAGUUACAAAAAGUGCUAACUAGCAAAAUUAAACUAAUAAAUAUAUUUUUUAAAACUGUAAGAAUGUCUUUCUUGAGUUCAACCGUGACUGUGGUAUUUGAAUGCGUUUUCAAUCUUAAUUUCAGACACGAGACUCCAGCGAUACUUUGGGAGUUGCUUAUCAACCAAAAUUUAACACAGCGGAAAUUCACGGGUACCAUUUUCUAUAUACUAUCUUCCAAGCUAUCAAUGAAUUUUAUUUUCCUGUUUUUAUAUUAAAAAAAUUGAAUCUUGUUUGAGAAAAAGUAUUGUACACAAUGCAAGUUAUCAGAAAAAAAAGAUUCCAGCCAGUAGCUCCAAGAUUCUACUCAUUAUGUGAAUGUAUGAACAAAUAUUCCUAUCCUGUUUAUUAACUUCAAAUUAAUAUUUAAAACACACAUGAAUGCAUAUAAUGUGCUAUUUAUGGAGCUUUAAAAAUUAUAUUUUUUAUCAUUUUACCUUUU